AUGAAGGUUUCGACAUCGCUCAGUAACGAUCAUCUUUUCUUUACUUCGGGGUUUGUGAUGAGAAGCAAUAAUACUAGCAUUCAUUUUGACCGAAGAAGCGAGACUCAUGGAAAAGGAUUUUGGGGAACGAGGACACCCCUAAGAGCAAAAAAAACGGUAUCGAACGAAGAAGAAGACGACAGCAUCUACGGCGUGGACGUGGAAGAUUUGGUCGUCAAAUACGCAAAUAAUACUUCCUCGUUUGAGGAUGCAGAGAAUAAUGCCGCGUUGCGAGGGGUCACGCUUAAAAUCCCUCGCGGUGCGUUGUUCAUGAUUCUUGGACCGAACGGGUCUGGCAAGAGCACUUUAUUGAGAACGUUGGCCGGAUUGACGAAUACGGAAGAAAUUAAGAGCGGGUAUGCGCGAGUGAACGAACCGAGAGCGUUUGUGUUUCAAAAUCCAGAUCAUCAAGUUAUUAUGCCCACGGUCGCGCACGAUGUCGCGUUUGGUUUAAGACGGAAACAAAAUAAGAGAGGAGGAACGUCGUCGUCGCCUCGGUUAUCGAACGAAGAGAUUGAAAAGAAAGUGAGAGAGACGUUGAAGAUGGUGAACAUGUUGAAGGUUGAUUUAGACAACGAAGAGGACGAUGAAAAUGAAGACGUCGAUGAUAGCAAUGAAAGGUACGAGAACGCGUUGAAUAGACAAGUUUCCACCUUAUCCGGAGGACAAAAACAAAGAGUCGCCAUCGCCGGCGCGUUGGUCGAGGACCCAAAGACGUUGUUGUUAGAUGAGUUGACGACUUUUUUGGACGAAGCUGAUCAACGAAGCGUAUUGAAAGCAGUCAAGAACGUUUUGAAAACGAGCAAUGAAAAAGGAAAGGAUGCAAAGGAUAAAGUGACCGCGGUGUGGGUGACGCACAGAUUGGAGGAGUUGAAAGAGGCGGAUUUGGCGGCGUACAUCGAGAACGGGCAGGUUGUCGCGUUCGGAGGGCCGGAUGUUAUUCAAAAGUGCAUCGCGGAGAAGCAAGCGAACCGAAGACGAGAAGAGGCUAGAAUACGGCGUGGUAAUAUUAGCAGUUAG